AUGACCGCUGACUCGGCUUCGUCCCUGGCUGUUGAAACCGGCCACGAGGGCCCAGAGUCAUGCCCUUUGCAUCACGAGGAUCCCACUACAGGAACUCAGGAUGCCGGCCCAGAGAAUGUAUCGGAGAAGCCUGGCAACAUGAAGCCAGGUGCCGACGCAGCGCCCAUGCUGGUUCGAUACCUCUGCGACACCACGUCCGGGAAUGUCCCUGUGACGGAGAAGCUUUUCAGAAACGCCAACAACCAUUAA